AUGGCGCUGUUGGAAUAUGAAAAUAUGAUAUUUUUGGAUGCUUUCCAAGAAGAUGGUCUAACCAUUCUUGCUCAGGGACUUGGGAUACAGAGGAUUUUUAUAAACUUUUUGAAAGUCUGCUCAGAUCCUGAAAAUUUGGUGUUAGUGCUAAAUACAUCUUCAUCAGAUGAAGAAUAUUUUUUAGAACAAUUAGAAACUGCUAGCAUCAAACCAUUGCCUAAAGUCAUCACUAAUGAAAUUAAUGCGAACACACGUCAUUCUACUUAUUUACAAGGUGGUGUUGUCUUUGUCACGUCAAGAAUUCUAGUGGUUGACUUACUAACAGACAGAGUUCCAGUUGAUCAAAUUUCAGGAAUACUUGUGUAUAAGGCACAUAAAAUCAUUGAAUCCUGCCAAGAAGCCUUUAUUUUACGUUUGUAUCGUCAGAAGAACAAAACUGGAUUUAUCAAAGCCUUCUCUGAUAGCCCUUAUUCGUUCACAACUGGUUUCUGUCAUGUUGAAAGAAUGAUGAAGAACCUGUUUGUAAGGAAAUUAUUUCUUUGGCCAAGAUUUCAUGCAAGUGUUGUGGCAUGCUUAGAGAAACACCAAGUUGAGGUUGUUGAAAUUCAUCUUCACAUGACUCAGUCUAUGACAGCGUGUCAAACUGCGUUACUGGAUCUGAUUAAUGCUUGUAUCAAGGAACUGAAAAGAUGCACCACUGCUGUAGACACAGAAGAAGUGACUGUUGAAAAUGCCCUUGGAAAAUCUUUUGACAAAACUAUCAGACUUCAGUUAGAUCCUGUGUGGAACUCUUUAGGACAAAAAACUCGCCAGCUUGUGUCAGACCUAAAAACUUUACGACUGCUUUUGAAAUUCCUCACUCAGUAUGACUGUGUUUCAUUCUACAGUUUAGUCCAUUCCAUAAGGUCUAAUGAAAAAACAUUUGGACAAAACACUGGCUGGUUAUUUCUUGAUGCUGCAGACAGUUUAUUUGUACAUGCUAGAGAUAGAGUGUAUGAAAUUGAAGACAAAAAGAAAAAGCUCAAAUCUGAUGAUAAAUACAAAGAAAAGGAGCCCGAACCACUUUUAGAAGACUGUCCAAAAUGGAAGGCAUUAACAGAUCUGCUAAAGGAAAUUGAAGAAGAAAACAAAGAUGCUGAUAGAUCUGCUGGUCCUACCAAUGUUCUUGUUUGUGCAGAAGAUGAUAGAACAUGUAGCCAAUUGAAAGAGUAUCUGUGUGAAGGUGGUAGAUCAAUUCUGUUUAGACUGUAUAAUAAAUUCAUGGCUUUGAAAGGAGCACAGCAAACAGAUCAAGAAAGGUUCAAAUUUCCUAAGAAGAAAACUGCAUAUGCCAAGGAAAAGGCAGAGUCAGAUGAGUUAACAUUGACUCAAAUGAUGGUUAAUAUGGAGAGAGAAAAUGAUGGUGAUUUGAAACCAGACAAUGAAGCAGAUAGUACACCUCAUUCUUCACAAGAUGCUUACUAUGGAGUCAUCUCUGCUCCUGUGACAAUUCUACAUCCUUUGCAUGGCUGCUCUGAUCCACAUGGCUUGACUCGAGUGCUUCAGGAAAUUCAACCAAGAUAUGUCAUCUUGUAUGAUGCUGACAUGCAGCUAGUGAGACAACUGGAAGUUUUCAGAGCUUCCAGACCAGGUGUACCACUAAGAGUUUACUUUCUCAUGUAUAAAAACUCUGUUGAAGAACAAUGCUACCUGACAACUUUAAGAAAGGAAAAAGAAGCUUUUGAACAUCUGAUUGAACAGAAAGGAAAGAUGGUUAUUGAAGAACAAUGUGAUGGAAAACUUGAUGAGGAUCCUUCUUUAGCCAGAAACCAGGUGGCAGCUAAUGAGACAACAAACUCUCGAAAGGGUGGAUUAGUAGGAGAACCUAAAAAUAGAAAAAUUAUUGUGGAUAUGAGAGAAUUUAGGUCAGAGCUGCCAUCUUUAAUUCACAGGCGUGGAAUUGAAAUUGAACCUGUUACACUUGAAGUGGGUGAUUAUAUUUUGACUCCAGACAUUUGUGUAGAGCGCAAAAGUAUAAGUGAUUUGAUUGGAUCUUUAUCAAAUGGUCGUCUAUAUAAUCAAUGUGUUGCAAUGUGCCGAUAUUACAAACGUCCAAUCCUCUUGAUUGAAUUUGAUGCUAACAAAUCUUUCUCUCUUCAAGGAAAAUAUGCCUUGAGUAAUGAUGUUUCAAUGAAAGACAUUAGUUCACAAUUAGCCCUGUUAACCAUGCAUUUUCCAAAGCUUCGUAAUUUGUGGUGUCAAAGUCCAUAUGCCACUGCAGAACUUUUUGAUGAGUUGAAAGAAAAUCGUGGGGAACCAGACAGUGUGGCAGCAAUGUCAGUCAGUGCAUCAGAAACCACUGAUGAUAUCUCUGAUAGAUAUAGUCAUGGUCCCCAAGACUUUCUGCUCAAAAUGCCAGGAGUAAACUCUAAGAAUUUCAAAUACAUUAUGAACAAAGUAAAAGAUUUAGCAGAAUUGGUUAGUCUAUCUGAAGAAAAAUUAACUGAAAUCAUGGGAAGCUGUAACCAUGCCAAUCGUCUUUAUGAGUUUUUGCACACAAAUGUUGAUGAAGCUGAAAAGGCUUCAGCUGAAUUAAAGAAAAAUGAAAAACCUUUUAAAAAGGGUUAUGGUUUUAAGAAAAGAAAAUAA